AUGGAGCGGAGCCGCGGGCAGCGGGUUUGGGGCGCUGGAGCCCCGCGGAAGAGGCACCGCGCGUCCCCGCUGCCCGAGGCGGCCGCUCCGGCCAGCAGAACCGGGGGGACCCAGACCUGCCGAAAGCGGCUGUUCGGGGGGCUCAGCCGCCCCCAGCCCGGCUGCCUGAAGGGCAAAUCCCGAGGGAAAACCCUAAAGAAAAUUACAGAAAAUGUUGAAGUCGGGGGUGUGAGCCCUGAAUCUGACCCAAGCAAUCAAGUAAAUGUUAAAGAAGCAACAAUCUUGGAAAAAACUGAAGAGAAAACAGAAGAAUGCUCUUUACUGCCCAAGGAUUCCCUGAUAAUCAACCCUGAAAGUAAAGAAAACUUGGAAAAUGCUGAAAUGACUUCAAGUACAGGGAUGACUCUGCCCACAGGUGUUUCCACCUUUCUCCUGGAGUGUUUGGAUGGAGAUUCAACUGCAGAUUAUAUCCUGGGUGACAGUGACAGUUGCUCCUCUCCUGAAACAUUCAGAGUUGAGGAUUCAGAAUGCCCUGGUUUUUGCUCUGAGGACACCAGAAAAUACAAGAACUCUACUCUCCUAGACUCCAGCAAAGCAGUGGCCAUAGAUAAGAUAUCACCCCUCUCAAAUCUUUCAGCAAUAUUAGAACCUGUUCGGGAUGGUUUUCAAGACCAGCUCACUGGGAGAAAGAGGCCAGCAGAUUGCAAAGACAGAUCCUCAGCAUUAAGUGUUUCAGUUACUCUGGCAGGGAAAAAAGUCUGUAAAAUUACAGCUGCAAGAGAGAGAAGUCCAGCCCUAAAAACUGGUAUGAGCUGUUCUUCACCCUUAGGACCGGAGAGAAAGCCUGACAAUCAAGUUACUAAGGGAAAAGAAAAAAGAUGUAAUCCUUCAGAAGAAGAUCCUUCUUCAUUCCUUCAGUCUGAUGGCCCAGGAAACACUUCAGCCAAACCAGCCAAGUUGACAGCAGAGGUGCUGCCAUUCAGAAGGACAGAUGCUGUGCCUCUGUACAGGAGAAGAGAGAUCUGUUCCAUUGUCAGGACCUCUCCAGGCAGGAGGACUUCCAGGCCUCGCCAAAAUCCAGUGAAGAGAAGGAGUUUCCCCUUCCCUGCAGGAGUGCCUGAAGAUGUUAUUACGAGAAGCAAAAGCUGCAUCUGCUGUAAACACAAGUGAGAGUCAAGAGAAGGAAUAAGUCUUGCUGCUGUGGCAGGGAGAUGAGACAGAACCACUGUCCAGUCACUGAUGGUUGUAUUUUUUUGGCAGAUACAUUGUUUGAAAAUUAGUAAAAUAUUUUUCAUUAAGCUUGUGAAUAUUUA